GUUACAAACGUCACAUCUUUGAUAUUUUGUUUUUAAAUAAUUAUUUUACCUUAUUUUCUUUAAUAUUUCAUUAAUCAUUAUCUUCUUCUAUUUGGUUUACCCAUUUUCCCCUUUAAAAAUCGGUUGGCGCUCUCUUUUAUUACCCUCUUUUAUUAUCUUCUAUUUAAUAUAUCUCUUUCAUUUAAAUCAUCAUAACUGAACAUACCUCGUAUAUUCAUACUCUCCAAAUAUCUGUAUUUUCAAUACGGAACAUGCCGCUACUUCAUAGUACUUGGUUGUCAUUUUAAAUGUCGUUUUCAAUGACAGUGUCACUUCAUCGACUUGACCCCCUACUCCCUGACAUACACUGGAAGGGAAAAAUUAAUCCUUAAAAAGGCAUGUAAUUCGAAAAAUAAAUCAUUUCUAUUUCAUCAAAUCAUCUCUUGGGUUUUUUGGAAAGAAACCACUUUUCUCCCUCCGGGAGUUUCAACAACCCUCAAAUCGCCGGCGAUACAACAACGAGGACCAUGUCAUCAGGGCUGCAACCACAUAACCAAGACUGCAACGACCAACAUCCGUAGGCCUGGUGGAAUACAACACCUACAACCCCAGAGCCCGUUGCAGAACCAGCAGCAGUACCAUACGACAUCAAGAAGAUACCAUCAGCUACCAAAAGCCAUAAGUAUAAUCCAGAAUUGUUAGUUUUUGGCAAGAAUUUAAAUACAUUUGUUAAUGCAAUUUACUAAGUCAUUUUAUUUAUUAUAUCUUUAUGAACAAUAAACAUGAUUAGUUAAAAACUAUGUUUUGUUUGCUUUCAUUCCAAUUUUCAUAGUUCAUAUCUGAGGUUAGGACAAGACGAACACACACCUGAGUGACUGAGCUAAGCUAAGGGUGUAACGAUGGCUAUCUUGGUUAGUUGAGGUAAUAUUUUCGAAUAUUGUUUCAAUUAGCUGGGGUAGUCCAUCGUUAUUUCGUUACACUGGCGCCGCAACGUUUCUCAUGUGCGCUAUUUCGUUACACUGGCGCACCAACGCACUUGUCUUAUCCGAAGAAUCGAGCUGUGAGUGUGUGGUUUGGUAGCAGACAACAAGCAUUAAUAAAUACUAUUUUCUUAUAUUUCAUUUUUAUAUUCAAUUUUUGCAGUAAAUCUAUAUAUAUUAUCUAUUUUGGUACUUUUUGACUACCUUUUUGACUAAUUUUUAUAUAUUUUCACAUGUUAUGGGUCAAAAAGUAUUACCAGUUUCAAUAAUUUAAUUAUAUAUUUCAGCAUAAUUGAUUUAAAAUAUAUUUACAGUUGCAAAUAUUGGUAUUUUUAACAUUUUGAUACUUUUUACCUACUUUUUUUGGCUAAUUUUUAUGUUUAGGACCUUGAUAGUAAUGUCCACAUGGCAUUUUUUUUUCUGUUUUUUCAAUUUAACCAGUUUUUUUUGGUAGUUCUUCUUUAAUUACUUUCAUAUUUUGUUGUAACUUUCCAAAACCCAAGAGAAUUUUUCCAUUUAUUGUCAUAUUUUCUGUACUUUUUAUACAUACUAUUUCUUCUACGUUCUUUUCAUAGGUACUUCUGUGUACUCUAAAGUGCAUUUAAAUCUUGUUUUAUUACUUAUUUUCAAUUACUUUUUACUUAUUCUUAUAUUUCCUAGUUGUUUUCAUAUAUUUAUUACCAAUUUUGUACAACUACCAAAAAUUUUGUUGUUUCCGUCGAACUUUCUGUCCGGAUGAUAUAUACUACUUUACUUGUAUAGUAAAGACUAGGACAAUUUUCAAGUUCUUUUCUUUCAUUGAGGUAUUUUAUUCUUAUUCUUCUUCUUUACGUAUUCAGAAUAUUAAUUUAAAUCAUUCUUCUUCUUCUUCUUGUGUUGAAUCUCAAAAAAAUUUUUGUUCGUAAAGCAUGAUAUUUUACAUUUUUCAAUUUUUUGCAUUAGUGCACUUAUAUUAAUUAUGAUAAACAUCAUAUUUAACAUCUUUUUUAUUUAACAAUGCCCUAUUUAUCUAUAUAUUAUUGUUUUAUUAUUUUAUUUUGGGUGUUGUACUGAUUUUUGAUACAGAUUAGCACAAAAGCCUGAUCCGGCACUUAUAAGUUGUGUAUGGCUUAUAUAUAGCUGCAUAGACACCUAGUGUUUUUUUUCCUAGGGUACAUAUAAGUUAUCCAUAGGGUUGGGCCAGAUCUAUUGAGUCUGAGUUCCGUUUUUUUGGUCUUAAUGACUGUUGAUAUACAGUUUAAUGCUGUAUAUUAUUUUUAGGAUGAUGUCUUUUAUAAAUUUUUUCUUUUGGAGUUCAAACAAUUCUAUGCAUAUCUACUUUUAGAAAUCUGGUGUAGAAUUGUGGCGCUUUGAAGUAUGAUUGUAGUUUAGCUACUAGCAUUUGUUAUUUUCCAUCUUUGCAAAUCAUAUUUAUGCAUUUUUAUACAUAUAUUUUGUUCUUUAGUGUAGAUCCCUGGUAUGCAUUUGAUGGAAGUAGCAUUUGCAUUAUGUAUCAUUAUCUCUCUCUCUCUCUCUUUAUUAACUUAUUGGUUAAGUCUUGUAGGACUGGUUUUAUGCAGUUUUUUCAAACCCUUUGGUGUAAAACUUUGUCUUAUUUGGCUUUCCAUAUAGUUGGUACUUAUUUUUUUUAAUGGUUUAUCUAUAGUUGCACUUGCAUUUCUUUUUAUCAUAUUAUACUUAUGUUAUCUUUAUCUACUUAUAUGCUUUUACUCACCUUAUCAUAUUGAUUAUUAUAUUAUUACCUUACUUUAGGUACUUGUUAUCCGAGUACUUGUUAUUUUGUUCGAGAUUCAGUUCUUAGUAGCUCUAUUAGGGGAAGUAUGCCUGAGACGGCAUACUGGCUGAGAUGGCAUAUCACGCGUUUUUCGUAAACUAUUCCAAAUUUGGUGCCUAGUGUGACAGUUUUCAGUUCCUUAAGUUAAAAUUUGUCAACAUUGUUGAACUUAUGCAUGUUAGUUUUAUUUUGACAGCAGUAGCCUUUGGAAUGUUAAUUAAGUAGGACAAAAUAUUUAUUCACUUUUUUUGUAUCACAUUAUAAUUCGCGAGUCUUUACACCUGAGUUAAGUUUUUAAAUUUUGUGAUGUUCUUUUACCUUAUGCCUAUCACGCCUGUAUCGAUUUAUAUCUUAAAAAUACGCUUAAGAAAAACUAGGUUAAAAAAACGGUAUGAUUGCAAUGUUGCCUGAGAUGGCAUAGUAAGCAUGUGGCUUAGAUGGCAUAGGUAUGCCAUCUCACCCUUAUGCGUUUUUACACUGCAUUAAUUUUAUUAUAUGAUUGAAGUUUAUCGUUACAGUUAUGAAUCGUUUUAAGAGGAAUUCGAACCGACAAAAUCGAUUCCGUCGAUGUUGAGGCAAGUGACAAGGAAGAUGCUGCUUGCAUUUUUUGUAAUGACCUCUUUUCAUUAUCUCGUUCUCGAGAAACCUGACUAAGAUACCAAAUUUGUGGCAAGUGGUCAUAUUCCGAAUGUGUCGGUGUACCCAAGACUACAAAAAAAUUAUUUGUGACUUAUGUCGAGAUUAGUGCCUUUAUUUCAAGGGUAUGCCAUCUUACCCACAUGUAUGUGGGUAAAAUGGCACAUGUAAUACUUUACAAUUUAUUUUUUCAGAAAAAAACUGUAAUAUGUAGGUUGUUAAAAAAUAAUAUUAUAUUUAUGUAAAUGGUUCUAGCACUGACUUUGAUUUUUAUUACAUGUCUAACUAUAUCGGUUAUCGAUUACAAAACAUUUAAAAAAAAGUAUGCCGUCUCAGGCAUAUCUCCCCUAGCUAUUUAUUUUAUUAAGGAUAUAAUAUCCAUUAUACAAUUACUUAAAUUUGGUUAUACAUAAUAUGCCUUCUAUAUUAUAUAGAUACCUUAUUAUUUGCAUGAUUUUUAUAAAUACCAAUAUUAUUUGACUUUUGAUUAAAAGUCAUUUACAUUAUUUAUCUUUCAUUAUUACUUGGACUUGGAUUAUUAGUUAAAUUUGAUUAUUUCUUAGACUUUAUACUACUUACAUGUCUUUAUAAUUUUGAAUUAAUUUCAUACUUUUUUAAAGUACAUUUAUUUGUUUUUUCAAGAAAUAGAUAUUCUCUGAUGUCAUUUAUUUAUAAUGAAUAAAUAUUUUACAGUGUGAUGAAUACUACAAUUCAUUGGGUAAUAUUUUUAUUUUCCCCAGAGUAACAUCUGAAAAUUAUUUUGGUACUUUAAAAUUUUUUAUGAUUAAUAAUUUAAAUUAACUAUAUACAUUGACUUAAUGAUUACUUAAUGAUUUAUUUUUGAUUUGUUCUGAACGAUUACUACUGCAUAUAUUUAUUUUUGGUUAGAACUUUGAUUUCUUGUUUUCCUUGAGAAAAAUUUCUCACUUGUGUUCGAAAUUUUUCUGAUGAGUGGAGGGAGUGUGUAACAUUCCUGUUUUCUUUGAGAAAAAUUUCUCACUUGUUCAAAAUUUUUCUGAUGGGUGAGAGGAGUGUGUAACGUUACAAACGUCACAUCUUUGAUAUUUUGUUUUUAAAUAAUUAUUUUACCUUAUUUUCUUUAAUAUUUCAUUAAUCAUUAUCUUCUUCUAUUUGGUUUACCCAUUUUCCCCUUUAAAAAUCGGUUGGCGCUCUCUUUUAUUACCCUCUUUUAUUAUCUUCUAUUUAAUAUAUCUCUUUCAUUUAAAUCAUCAUAACUGAACAUACCUCGUAUAUUCAUACUCUCCAAAUAUCUGUAUUUUCAAUACGGAACAUGCCGCUACUUCAUAGUACUUGGUUGUCAUUUUAAAUGUCGUUUUCAAUGACAGUGUCACUUCAUCGACUUGACCCCCUACUCCCUGACAUACACUGGAAGGGAAAAAUUAAUCCUUAAAAAGGCAUGUAAUUCGAAAAAUAAAUCAUUUCUAUUUCAUCAAAUCAUCUCUUGGGGUAAGGAUAACAUUAUAUUGUGAUUAUAUUUCUCCGUCUAACAGUUUUUCUAAUUGUUUUUUUAUCUAACCUAACUUCCAAUGUCAGACCAUGUGUUCUGAUAUUUUAGUUUCAAAUAUAAUUAUCGAUUCGAAACUGGUUUCUUAACUAGUAAACAGUGUUUCCGAUUAGCUCUUAGUUUUUAUCAAAAUUAAGGUGGUUUUACUUGUUAGAAAAUUAUCAAAGUUGGUAUAAUAGUGUAUUAUAUAGUGCUUAAUCCGAUUUUGGGAUCAAACUGUAAGUUAGAUCAUCUUUAUUACUAUUUUUUAAUCAACAAACAGUAAACAACGGUUAUAAAUACCAGUAACGAGGUAAUUAAGUAGCUUAAUUACUAAUGAACCUGUCCAAGCACAAGGGCCGUAAUCAGGCAACAUAGGCCCAAUAUGCAGGAAAUUUCAGAGGAGAGAUCUUCUGAACUUCAAAAUUCUCAAGAUGUCAUUAAUCCAUCCAAUCAAUCAAAAUUAUAUUCAACCGCUCUGACUCAACCUAACAAAAAAUUCGCAAGCAAAAACCAAGCCAUUUUAUUCAAUUCACUUCCAAAUACAAAAAUUGAAGAUUAUUUAAAUGCCAUAGCAACUAAAGUCGAUCCCAAUAAAAUUCUCGCCAUUUCCAGGAUUGUAAAUGAUCGUAUUUGCGUAUAUUUUACUACUGAAGAAACAGUCACCGAAUUUUUAAGAACAGAUAAUGGAACAAUAGUAAUCAAUCAGGAACGUAUCCAAGCCAGGAAGUUAGUCACACCAAGCGAAAAACUGAUAAUUUCUAAUGUCCCCCCAUCAAUACCUCACAGUAUUAUAGAGACUCAACUACAAAAUUUUGCAAUUCAUCAAAUAACUCCAUUGGAUUUUCUAAGAAUAGGUACAACUAACUCUUUAUUUAAGCAUAUCUUGAGUUUCCGACGCUAUACUUACAUUUCUCCUAAAAAUCUGGAAAAUAUUCCUGAGUCUAUAUUAAUUAACUAUGAACAAAUCAAUUAUCGAAUUUAUUUUUCACUUGAAAAACAGUCUUGUUACAUUUGCAAAGAACAAGGUCAUCUAGCCUCUCAGUGCAAAAAAAAUACAAACACUCAAACAUCUAUCGAAAAUUCAUCACCUACUGCUCAACCAAAUUAUAUCCAAAAUUGCCACCCUAUCAUAACAGAUGCUCAGCCAACUAUCCAUCCUUCACAAUCUUCGCAACAAUCCACCAGUCCACAAUCAAAAGAAACAACCAAUACUUCUCUAUUUGAUUCAAAUCCCAUUCAAACACCUAUCCAGCCAGAUAAUGUUGAAAUGAAUAAUCACAGCCAAAAUCAACCUCCUACACCCUCUGACACUCAAUCGUCUAAACGAGCGGUGUCAGAAAUAACGUCUCCUUCAACAUCAGUAGACCAGAACCCAUUUAAAGAACCUCUGCGUAAAUCUAAGAAAGCAAAAACUAUUCCUGAAGAUAAUAAGACUUUAGCAGAAGAUCUUAUUAAAUGCACUAGUUCUUUUUUCCAAGAUAAUUCUGACAACGGAUAUUUAACCCAGGAAGAACUAAUUGAUUUCUUUGAAAAUGCAUACGGCUCUGCAGAUCCUCUCAGCAUUGCAAAAACGUAUACAGAAGAUAUCGAAGGACUACUCAAUUUUUUAACUAAAAUCCAUCCAGCAUUAACUCCCAAGUAUCUGAAAAGUCGCUGUACAAGAUUAAAAACUAAGAUUAAUAAACAGCUAUUAUUAUCCGCUUUCUCUACUGAUCACAGUGAAUACAGCAGCGACGCCUCUGCUGAAAUUUAA